UUACAGAGGCCGGCCGAAAAGAAGAAUAUCUGGCAACCCACAGUCUUUGAAUCAGGCGCGGCCACGCGAUUUUCGAGGGAAAAACUCUUUUGAUAAGACGCUGCUCAGGGUUGAUUUUGAAAUAUGGACAAAAAAGAAUCAUUUAAUAGAAUUUGCCAAAAUAAAGUUUUCCUCUUGGAGACUUUAUCUGUAGAAGCCGAAAUCAUCUUGCAGCAUGUGCAGCAGGCUGAAAUUAUUACACCACGUGACUACAGGAACCUCUCAGAUAUUCCUCAAAGAGAGAAGAGAGUCAUCGACCUACUUGACAAACUCAUGGGAAAGGGGGAGGAAACUUGUCGUCGAUUCAUAGAACUUUUAAGACAAGACUCUAUACUGGAAAUUUUUCCAGAAUUAAAGGAUCAUGCCGUUAUUUCUUCUCCAGCCAGUGCUAUGACUUCUCCAGUGCAGGAGGUCUGUCAAUACAAAAUAGCACAAAACCCACGUGGUACCUGUGUAAUCAUCAAUAAUGUACAUUUUGCAACCUUAAAAGAAAGAAUGGGAUCAGAUCUGGACCAAAAGAAACUUGCAGAAGUUUUCCGUUGGCUGGGGUUUGAGGUGGUGGUGCACAGAAAUAAAACUGCGGCUGAAAUGAAGAAUCUCCUCAAGGACAUAGGGAAGACAGUAGAUGGAGACUGCUUUGUGUGCUGCAUCCUCUCCCAUGGCAUAAAGAAAGGGGUCUGUGGGACCGAUGGAGCUGUUAUUUCUGUUGAUGAAAUACGAGAGCCUUUCAAUGGCAUUAACUGCCAGAGGCUAGUCGGCAAGCCCAAGCUGUUUUUCAUACAGGCAUGUCGUGGGGAAAGAAAUCAAGAUCGUGUGCAAGUCCAAGCGGAUGCUCAAGAAGAUGGAGAGUCAGAGAUGGAAGUGGAUGGUGAUGAUUUUGAUAUCACAAUCCCAGCUGACACGGAUUUCCUCAUUGCCAGGUCAACCACUGACGGUCACGUUUCUUAUAGAAAGCCAGAAGAGGGUUCCUGGUUUAUUCAGUCACUUUGCCGAAACCUAGAAACACAUUGUCCACUGGGUACAGACAUCCAGACAGUCCUGCUUUGUGUGAAUAAUGAGGUUAGCAGUCAGGGAGUCAAGUCCAAACAGAUGCCCAUCCAUGAAGUCGCCAUGAGAAAGAAACUGGUCCUGCUGCCACCACCGUGAACCCCUGCAGCCUCCUGCAGUGUACAGCAUGGCUUACUAUGCAUCAUGCUUUUAUAGGAUAAAUUAUAAGGGAAUCUUUACUGUAACAUUACUGCGUCUCUGUUCUUAAAGGAAGUUUUUUGUUUUUAAAUCAGGACGGGGACUGUUUACUUCAAGGCUAUCAUGAGCCAUUUGACAUUUGUUUUUCCAUGUUUUUUAAGUAACUUUUUGAUGAAAAUAAUUACUGUAUUUUUGCAGGUAUGUUUUACACAUUUGUACUGUUAUUUUAAUGUUCUUUCUGCAUUCUGUUCAAAAACACUGACCUAUAUAAUAAUGUUAAAAUAUAUGGUUAUUUAAUGCAUUUAGAAUGAAAUUAAUUUUGAUAUUAUAUCACUCAUAGUCAUUUGCAAUGCAACACAUAAGCAUAAAUAUGUCAUUGGGUAGGACAACAGAAUUUGUAUGUAUCAAAUGUAGGUUAUUACUGUUAUUGAAUUAAGCAAGAUUAUAUUAAAGUAAUUCAAAUUCC